AUUAACCCCUUCACUCAUCAAUCAUCAAUGGCACUGCGUGGUACAACUUCUAGUUAUAAUUGUUGGUGUUGUCCCUCACUUCUAUUCUUGCUUCUCUUCUUUUAUGGCGUUAACGUAAUUCCCUCCUGUUUUGGGUCUUCAGAACAAGAAUUGCUGCUCAAGUUCAAGGACUCGUUGCAAUACGAAAGCAGCAACACCACGUUUUCCACUUGGAAUGCGUCGGUCUCGCCGCCGUGUUCCGGUGACCGUCCCAAUUGGGUUGGGGUUUCAUGUGCGGAAGGCAAAAUCUCGGGCUUGAAGCUUGAGAAUAUGGGACUCAAAGGCCUGAUUGACGUCGACGCUCUUCAAGAGCUACCUAAUCUUAGAACCUUAAGUUUUAUCAACAAUGAUUUCCAUAGUACUUGGCCAGACCUGAACAAGCUAUCUCCUUUGAAGACAUUUUAUCUUUCGAACAAUAGGUUUUAUGGAGAGAUUCCUUCUCAGACUUUUCAGAGUAUGAAUUGGUUGAAGAAAGUUCAUUUGGCGAAUAAUCAGUUUUCAGGUGAAAUUCCCACUUCCUUAACCAUGGUGCCUAGGCUUAUGGAGUUGAGAUUAGAAGGGAACAAAUUCAGCGGCCGAAUUCCCAAUUUUCUGCAGAAGGAAUUGAAAUCUUUUAGCGUAGCUAACAAUCAGUUGCAUGGCGAAAUACCUGCCAGCCUUAGUGAACUUCCCAUCUCAUCCUUCUCUGGAAAUGAAGGAUUGUGUGGAACCCCAAUGAGUGCAUGUCAUUCCUCCAAAAGUCCCUCAAUCAUCACUAUUGUAGCGAUUGCCAUAGCGGUGGGCGUGGCAGUAAUCCUCAUUGGGGUAAUAAUCUUUCUCCUUCGUCGGAGAAAAAGUCAACCCGCGGCGGCAUCAUCGGUGGAGAAUCCGCAAUCAAACCAGAGAAAGAGAGCUCGUCUCAGGGAAGUAGAUGAAGGAAGCAACCACUCAAGAGCAUCACAGGUUUCAAACCACAGCAAGAAAUCAGAGAACAUGAAGUUGUGCUUCGUAAGAAAAGACAGAGAGAGAUUUGAUUUGCAAGACUUGCUAAGAGCCUCAGCUGAAAUCCUGGGCAGCGGCAGCUUCAGUUCUUCUUACAAGGCUGCUUUGUUGAAUGGCUCAAUGAUGGUGGUGAAGAGGUUUAAGCAAAUGAACAAUGUUGGGAAGGAAGAGUUUCAGGAACACAUGAGGAGGAUAGGAAGGUUGGAUCACCCUAAUUUGCUUCCUCUUGUGGCUUAUUAUUACAGAAAGGAGGAGAAGCUUUUGGUUACUGACUAUGUUCCAGAUGGUAGCUUGGCAGUUCGCCUUCAUGGACCCCAAGAUGCAGGCAAGCCAGGCCUUGAUUGGCCAACACGAUUGAAGAUUGUGAAAGGAAUCACAAAAGGACUUGAAUAUCUCUACAAGGAAUUGCCAAGCCUAAUAGCACCCCACGGACAUCUUAAAUCCUCAAACGUACUUCUUACUCAGUCUUAUGAGCCCCUUUUAACAGACUACGGCUUAGUUCCAGUAAUGAACCAAGAGCUUGCUCAGGACAUGAUGGUCAUUUAUAGGUCCCCUGAUUAUAGACAAGAGGGUCAGAUUUCAAAGAAGACUGACAUAUGGAGUUUUGGGGUACUAAUUUUAGAGAUAAUGAGUGGGAGAUUUGCAGGUAAAGGAGGAGAGAUGGAUUUGGUUAGUUGGGUGAAAUGUGUGGAGCCAGAAGAGUGGAGCAGUGAGGUUUUGGACAAAGUAAUGGGAGGAACAAGGAACAGUGAAGGUGAGAUGGUGAAGCUUUUGAGGACUGCCUUGUGUUGUUGUGAAGAAGAUGUGAGUAAGCGAUUGAGUUUGAAAGAAGUGGUUGAGAAAAUUCAAGAGCUAAGAGAGAGGGAUCAUGAUGAUGAUUUCUAUUCUUAUGCCAGUGAAGCAGAAAUUCGCUCUUCAACUGCAACAUCUGAUGAAAUCAACUUCCCAAUAAAUAAUGCUUAAAACUUGGGAGUGAAGAAAAUGGCUUAUCUGUCUUGCUUUACCAAGCUAUAUAUUAAUCCUCUCGUACCACUUUGAUCUUAUUUGGAUCAUCUCAACUAUUGUUCAAGCAAAGAGAGAGAUAAGGAGGAUAUAUAAGACUCACAUAGGACCCAACCCAUACUGAAAGUAAUAUAAGAAUGUUAAUUUGGAUCAUCUAAAUUAACUUUACUUGAAAGUUAAGGGGGGAAAAAAGGAAAUAAACACAGUAUUUUUUGUUUAUCUCUCUCCUUACCUUAGAAAAGUUUAGGUUCUUAAUCUUGGAGAGACUUUUUUGUUUUUGAUUUUCCAUAGGUAUUCUCUUAUUGAAGGCAAUCAUAUUAAAAGUAUUGUCAGAUAGUAAACGUGGGUAUAUCUUUAGUAAAGAUUCAAACCUAAUUCACCACAUUGUGAGCCUGUGAGUUACUUGGAGAGAUUGACUGUUGGUAUGCCAUGCUUAUAAUUUUUUUGCCCUCUUUGCUUGAACAAUAAAGUGAAAAUGGAUGGGCUGUGUUUCAUUCCACUGAGCCAACCCUCCUGAAGACAUUUGAAUGUGUGGGACCUACUUCUAUUUGUAUUGCUCUCCUGAUCACUCGAGCAGUGCAACAGUACUUGAGAAGAUUCAAAUUCCCUUCUGAUCUGAAUUUCUUAUCCAAACCAGCCAGUUUUGGUAAUGAACACAUUGCAUCUGGAGUCAUCAAGCGUAUUCUGAGACGGCAUAACUGAUGCAUGUGUAUGUAAAUGAGCUAGUUUUGUUUGUUUCUUUUAGAGAAGUAACCAUUGAUUAAGGGUUCUUUUUUUGACACUGAAAUUAGAAGUUAA